CUGCCCCCACUUCCGCUUCGGAGGACGUGAGGGCUCGGCGCUUCCGGGGGAGCCGCGUGGAGCUCUUCGGCUGGGACGUUGUCGCCAUGGCGGUCUUCGCGGGCCCGGCUAAGCCGUUCCUGUCGCUGAACACACAGGAAGAGGCCAAGUUUCAGAAGGAGGUGGCGCAGGCUCGCCGGCGGGCAACCCAGCGACAGGAGAAAGAAAAACUUACUCCUGGAGUGAUCUAUGUGGGUCACUUACCUCCAGCACUUUACGAGACCCAGAUCCGAGCAUAUUUCUCCCAGUUUGGCACUGUUACGAGAUUCAGACUGUCCCGGAGUAAACGGACUGGAAACAGUAAAGGCUACGCGUUUGUGGAGUUCGCAUCUGAAGAUGUUGCCAAGAUCGUUGCUGAAACCAUGAACAACUACCUCUUUGGUGAAAGGCUCUUAAAGUGUCAUUUUAUACCACCCGAAAAAGUACACGAAGAACUUUUUAGAGAGUGGCACAUUCCAUUUAAAAAGCCAUCCUUUCCAGCAGUGAAACGGUAUAAUCAGAAUCGGACACUUCUUCAAAAACUACAGAUGGAGGAGCGAUUUAAAAAGAAAGAAAAAUUACUUAGGAAGAGAUUAGCAAAAAAAGGAAUUAAUUAUGAAUUCCCUUCACUGGUUUUACAGAAAAAGAAAAAGAGAAAUGCUUCAGCAGCUGAUCUUCAGAAAUCUAGAAAUAGCCAGGUCUUAUCGAAGAAGAAGAAAAAGGCUUCAUGCACUCCUAGCACUCCUGAGCAGACGGUGGAUAGCCAGGGCCCCACACCGGUUUGCACACCAACAUUUUUGGAGAAGCGAAAAUCUGAAGUGGCUAAAAUGAAUGUUGAUGAUAAAGAUAAUGAAGUAGUUUUCAAACAGCUUGUACCUGGUGCAAAAGAAGAAACACAAGGGACUCAAACACCUACGCGCUCCAGGAAAAAAAGACGAAGAAAAGGCAAUCAGUGAUCCUAAAUGCAUUCUGGUUCUUCUGGAAAAUGUGAUUUAUCGUGAGGGUUAAUGGCGUUUGACUCUGUACGAUGGAGCGCCCCCCUGCCAGCGCUCUUGCAGGAGACCGCCUACUCUCUUGAGCCCGGAAAGCCGUCGGUCCCUGCUGAGGUGCACGGGCGCGGGUUCUGGCCUGCCGCGGCGCGGGGCUCACACUGCUUGUGCCCUGUCCCUGCUUGCCCUCGCACAUUGUGUAGCUGUCUAGUUCCUCUUCCUGGUAGAACAGUCCCCAUUUCCUGCAGCCUUUGUUGUUACUGUCAGAUAAAGAAAAUAAACUCUUGCUUGACCACCCAUGCGGCUCUGUCCGACUGCCGGCUACCUGGGAGCGCUUGGUUACUCGGACGUGAUCACUCUUACCAAGUUAUGGCUUUGGCGGGCCAGCAAGCUUUAGUGACUGUCAUUUUGUGUUUGUGUCAUUGGUGUAGAGUUGUGUUUCAGGAGCCCGUGACCAGCAGAUAAACUGUUUCUGCAGUUCGUGUGCAA